AUGAAUUUAGCACUGUUAUUACUGAGUAUAAUUCUAGCAUUAAUAAAAGCCGAUUGUGGUGAAGAAUUUAAAAUAAUAUGUUAUUUUUCGUCAUGGACUGGCAUUCAUCCGGAAGCAAAAAAUUGUACACAUAUUGUCUACACAUUUGCACGCAUUGAAGAUGAUAAUACACUCACUGGUGUAUGGAGUAAUCCUUUGAAAGAAUUUAAGAAUACUAAAGAUCCAGAUCUGAAAGUUUUAUUGGCUGUUGGUGGUCAAGAUUACGCUAUAAGACGAGCUGGUGAAAUGAUGUCCAAAGAUGAAUCACGCCAAAAAUUUGUUAUUUCAACAACAAAACUUUUACGAACACAUGAGUUCGAUGGUAUUGAUCUAAAUUUUGAACCCAAUGAAGCUUUAGGACCACCGUCAUCGCCCAAUCAACAAGUCAUUGAUGAUAAAAAAAAAUUAUCAACACUGUGUAAAGAACUUCAAGAAGAAUAUGCUGAAGAAGCCGGUAGAACAGGACGAACUCGUCUAUUACUUACAAUAACGGUAUCGGGAAUAAAAAAACAACUUGAAUCACGUUUUGAUUUGCCAGAACUUGCAAAAUGUGCUGAUUGGCUCAACGUUCAAACAUAUGAUUAUCGAGGUUCACAUGACAAAAUUGCUGAUCAUCAUAGUCCUCUUAUGGAAGCUAAAAAUGCUGAAGAUAAUGACAAAGAUUUAAAUCAGAAUUCUGCCAUUAAAUUUAUUGUUAGUACUGGUGUUGUACCAUCAAAAUUAUCGCUUGGUUUGGCUGCAUAUGGAAAAAAAUUUCGUUUUACUAGUGAUUCACGCGAUAUGGGCAGUGCCGCGACAUGUGUCGGCAGUGUACCUUAUAUAGAACUUUGUCGUAAUAUAGCGUCGGGCUGGCAACGAAUCUUUCUCGAUGAUCGUAAAGUACCAAUUAUGAUGAAAGGUGAUGAAGUCAUCGGUUACGAUGACCUUCAAAGCAUGGAAUUAAAAAUUAAUUAUGCAAAAGAACAACGUCUUGGUGGUGUUGUCAUAUAUCCAGUGAAUUUCGAUGAUAGCUCAGCUCAAUCAUGUAGCCAAGGAAAAUUUCCUAUUGUCUCACUUGUAAAACAACUAACAUCGAAUUAUACUGUUUCAUGUUUACCACCUACAACACAACCUUUAAAUACAACUGUAGCACCACGAAAUCGAACGAAGAACAUAACGCCUAAAUGGAAAUUAUCACGUCCAGAUUAUUUAAGUCCUGGAAUAGGAUUACACCCUAAAGGUCAUCGUCGAGUAAACAACUCUGCUUAUACAGUACGAUCAAUCUAUAUAAUUAAAUAUGUUUUAUUUAGCUUUUUAUUUCUGCUUGUAUGA